UGCAGGAGACUGUGAACAUGGUGAGCACUGAUCCCUGCUUGGGAGACACUGCGCAACUGGGGAUCUUGGGCGGAGGCACGGUGCUGACAAGGAAAGAGCUGUUCUUAGCCCAGACAGGAGGGGACAACUCCAGCUGCGGGAGCAGCUGGCUAGAGGACACAGAAACUGUUUAUUACAUGAGAGAUGGAUACAAUAUUUGGUAGAAAUAAAGAAGAACAUCCAGAGCCCAUAAAAGCUGAGGUGCAAGGUCAGUUGCCCCCUUGGUUGCAAGGGAUACUUCUCCGAAAUGGCCCAGGGAUGCACACAAUAGGGGACACUAAGUAUAACCACUGGUUUGAUGGCUUGGCUCUGCUGCACAGCUUUACAUUUAAAAAUGGUGAAGUUUACUACAGAAGUAAGUAUCUCCGAAGCGACGCAUACAACUGCAAUAUAGAAGCAAACAGAAUCGUGGUGUCUGAAUUUGGAACUAUGGCUUAUCCAGAUCCAUGCAAAAACAUAUUUGCCAAGGCAUUCUCCUAUUUGUCUCACACCAUUCCUGAGUUCACAGACAACUGCCUGAUCAACAUUAUGAAAACUGGGGAUGAUUUUUAUGCUACCAGUGAGACUAACUUCAUCAGGAAAAUUAAUCCACAGACUCUGGAGACAUUAGAGAAGGCUGACUACAGCAAAUAUGUAGCUGUAAAUGUGGCAACCUCUCACCCGCACUAUGACAGUGCUGGAAAUAUUCUCAACAUGGGCACUUCAAUAGUUGAUAAAGGGAAGACAAAAUACGUUCUAUUUAAGAUUCCUGCUUCUGUGCCUUCUGUGCCAGAAAAAGAAAAGAAGAAAUCUUGUCUUAAACAUCUGGAAGUGGUAUGCUCCAUCCCUUCUCGCUCUCUGCUCCACCCAAGCUACUACCAUAGUUUUGGAAUCACAGAAAAUUACAUUGUCUUUGUAGAGCAGCCAUUCAAACUGGAUAUUGUCAAAAUGGCAACUGCUUACAUCCGAGGUGUGAACUGGGCUUCCUGCCUCACCUAUCAUAAGGAAGAUAAGACUUGGUUUCACUUUGUAGACAAGAAGACUAAAAAAGAAGUAUCCACCAAGUUUUAUACUGAUGCUAUGGUGUUUUUUCACCAUGUAAAUGCUUAUGAAGAGGAUGGCCACAUUAUUUUUGAUAUUAUUGCCUAUACAGACAAUAGUUUAUAUGAUCUGUUCUAUUUAAAAAACCUGAAUAAGAACUUUGAAGAGAAUAGCAAACUUACCUCCAUACCAAUCUGCAAACGGUUUGUUGUUCCUCUGCAGUAUGACAAGGAUGCUGAAGUAGGUUCUAAUUUAGUCACACUUCCAUCCACUGCAACUGCUGUAAAAGAGAAAGAUGGCAGCAUCUAUUGUCAACCUGAAAUACUAUGUGAAGGGAUAGAACUGCCUCGCAUCAACUAUGACUAUAAUGGCAAAAAAUACAAGUACAUCUUUGCAACGGAAGUCCAGUGGAGUCCAGUUCCUAUGAAGAUUGUAAAAUUUAACACCCAGACAAAGGAAAUGCUCCACUGGGGAGAGGACCACAGCUGGCCAUCUGAGCCCAUUUUCGUUCCCAGCCCUGAUGCAAGAGAAGAGGAUGAUGGUGUUGUUCUAACCUGUAUUGUGACAUCUGAUCCAAAAAAGGCACCCUUCCUACUUGUCUUGGAUGCUAAAACAUUCAAAGAAUUGGGCCGAGCCACAGUAGAUGUAGAAAUUCAUCUGGACCUGCAUGGAAUGUUUGUACCAGAGAAAGAUUUGAAGACUGAAACUGAAUAAAAUGCUAUUUAUCUCAUUACACAGGCUGAGACAACCUUCUACUGAGUGUGGGACAAUAUCCUCAGGAACAACUUUAUCUUAUGACAAAAAAUGACUGAACAUUAUCUCAUCAAUAACUAUAUAUAAUCUCUUAUAAGAGAUAGCAAUAACUUUCAUUAUAAAUAAUUAUAUGUAGAACCAGUACAUAACUAUUCCAAAACAAGAAUUAUCAGUAAUAAGUGCUAAUGUGUACAACUCAUGGGGCAGGGAAUAGGAGACAAAGGUAACAAGAAUCAAAGAAUCAUAGAAUGGUUUGGGUUGGAAGGGACCUUUAAAGACCAUCUAGUCCCAACCCCCUGCCACGGGCAGGGACACCUUCCACUAGC